AUGCUCGACAAGAUGAUGGAGCACGGCAAUGGGGAAGUCUUCAUUUGUGUCGUCCGCCUCGUGCCAGGACCCCCGUCCUCGCAAUUACGAGGCCAAGAAAUACCUGCGAUCUCUGCUAUACCGUCCUCGGACGUGCCUCCAGCGCCCUCCGGAACGCCUCCUCCACUGCCCCUAGAGUCGUCUCUUCUACCACCUCUGGAGCCGCCUCUUCCGACGUCUCUGGAAUCGGUACCUUCACUUUCUCCUUCUCCCAAGCAAGGUGUGACGGAAUCAACCGCCAGGUCUAGUCGUGCUUUAUCUAUACAGAUCAAGAGCGAAGUGAGUCCUGGAGUGGAGACUGGUCGACAGGCCACCGACGAGGUCGAGAGCAGCAAUCGCCGAGUGGCGCGACCGGCUGGCCCCAAGACAGUUCGGCAGGCCCCUGCCCAAGACAAUGAUCGCCAAGUUGUGCAAAGUUGCUCGGCCCGGGGCCAUCACCUCUUGGAUUGCGUUUGGCCAGACGCCAGAGGUGAUUUGGUGGGCUGCCCGUUCUGCAACACCCAGGAGCACGUCAUGGACCUCUGUCCGCAGCAGCCCUCUUUCGAUGAAUGGGGGUGGGCGUAUAUUCUCAUCUACGGUCGGGCCAACAAGCCGCUGCUGAGGACCACACGCAGCUGGUUCCAUUAUGCCCAUAUUGGCCACCGCUUCACCUCCGCUGAUGCUCUUGAUUUAAAGACAGCAGCUGAGUGGAGAAGCGACAGCGCCUCUCAGAAUCACUUGAAGCGGGACCCGGAAACGAUGAAUUCCUAUGUUGUGUUUUCAAAUAUGCGUCUGAUGGACGAGCGGUUCAACCCCAACCAAGACUGA